ACGUCGAGUGUUUCCGUUCUUUUGGAUCGUGAAGUGUAAUCAUGGCGGUCGGCAAAAAUAAGGGUACCUCCAAAGGAGGCAAAAAAGGAUCGAAAAAGAAGGUUGUGGAUCCGUUCACCCGCAAGGACUGGUACGAUGUGAAGGCCCCGAACAUGUUCUCGAACCGGCAGGUCGGCAAAACCCUGGUAAACCGUACCCAGGGAACCAGGAUUGCCUCCGAUGGUCUGAAGGGCCGCGUGUUUGAGGUUUCUCUGGCCGAUUUGCAGAACGACACCGACGCCGAGAGAUCUUUCCGCAAGUUCAAACUGAUCGCUGAGGAUGUCCACGGCCGUAAUGUCCUGUGCAACUUCCACGGAAUGGACCUGACCACCGAUAAGUUGAGGUCUAUGGUCAAGAAGUGGCAGACCCUGAUCGAGUGCUCGGUCGAUGUCAAGACCACCGAUGGCUAUCUGCUGCGAGUGUUCUGCAUCGGAUUCACCAUCAAGGAUUCGGUUUCGCAGCGCAAGACUUGCUAUGCCCAGCACUCCCAGAUCAAGGAGAUCCGCCGGAAGAUGACCACCAUCAUCACCCGGGACGUGACCAGCUCCGAUCUGAAGGAGGUCGUCAACAAGCUGCUGCCCGACUCGAUCGCUAAGGACAUCGAGAAGUCGUGCCAGGGAAUCUACCCGCUGCACGAUGUCUACAUUCGCAAGGUUAAGGUCCUGAAGAAGCCGCGCUUCGAUCUGGCCAAUCUGCUGGAGCUGCACGGUGACGGUGGCGGUAAGGGAGCCGAAGUGUCGACCGGUGCUGCUGAAGGUGGUGUCACCAUCGACCGCCCCGAGGGCUACGAACCCCCAGUACAGGAGUCGGUUUAAGCCAAGCUGUUAAGGCGUCUUAGAGUAAAGAUAAAAAAAACAGAAAAUUUCCGUUUGCGUAAAAGAAGGAGAACAUCCGUUGUGAAGCAAGCCAGAAAAGAAGGGAGAGCGUGAGAGGAAAUACAACCGAAACUGUUGUAAAAAAA